CUGUUUUGUAAAUAAGUUCAUUUGUGUCUUUAUUUUUUUAAUCUAAAGAUUCCGUCUUGCUAUCUUUUUUCCCCCUGGGGUGGGUGAGGUAAUGAGAUUUAUUAAUUUAUUAUUACUAUUUUUAGAGGAGGCACUGGGGAUUGAACCCAGGACCUCAUGCAUGCUAAGCAUGCAGUCUACCACUUGAGCUAUACCCUCCCCUCAUCUUGCUAUCUUUUUUAAAAAGUCAGGACAUCAUAGUUUGUGGAAAUCCACAUAAGUUGGGUUGAUUAAGCUUUUCUGUCACUCAGUUAAAGAGGAUGGCCCUCAGCCAGAUGGAAGCAGGUAGAGUUCCACUGGGUCUCUGAAUCUGGAGUCAGGAAUGUACAGGUUCAGCUGGUUCCUAAAACUGCCACAUAAACACUCAAAAUCUCUCCAUUUAUCAGAGAUGCUGUCUUUCUCAAAUGAAGCCUGCCUUAAGUCACAGAAGCCGGAACUCUGUGGACAUAAUAGGCGCUCAGGGAAUUUAUUAGUUGUAUUAACGGAUCGCUUGCAGAAGGAAUAGGGACAGAGCAAUUUAAAGGCGUUACCCAUCAACCAGAAACAAGGCUAGAUUCUCAGUCCAUAGAGAGGAUUAAGAUUAAAAACAAAGACUAUUUUGGAAUAUGUAUGAGAUCAUAACGCUAGUGUUGAAAUGCUGUUUCAAAGUAUGUUUCAAGAUGAAGAACAAGCCGUCAUCUGUACCGAACCAGCCACAUCCCACGUGCCCUACCAUGUCCGUCUCUGCACUCGCCAGAGAUCCCACAGGGACCAUCUGGAAGCUGCAGGUCACGAGUGUAUUUUGAAAGACGCCUUUGACUUUGAAAGCCCAUCCGAAAUCGCAAACUUCAUCAAGGCUGAGAGCUUGGAGGCGGCCCUGGCUCUUCAUCUCUACAGAGGAGGGAGACUCUUGCGAGGUCAUGGAAUUCCAUUUGGAGUCAUCUUUGGUGGAACUGAUUUAAACGAAGAUGUUAACCAGGGAGAAAAAAACAAAGUGAUGGGGAAAGUCCUUGAGGAAGCCAGGUUCGCUGUCGCUUUCACGGAGUCGAUGAAGGAAACGGCGCAGACGCAGUGGCCGCAUGCUAAGGGUAAGAUCUUCGUCCAAAGUCAAGGAAUUUCAACAGCGCCGAACGCCGCCUUUAACUGGAACAGCUUCCUUCAGCGUUCAGACAUGAAAAAGCACCGAGGAAAUGAAAUUGCACUGAGGAUGGGACCAGUGGAAGGAACGAGUGAAAACCUUCUCCUCGCUUGCUUUUAUGUCCAGUUACAUACACUUGGAAAUGAUGAAGUUUUAGAGAUAAACCAAAGUGCCGAUCACCUGCACGUGUUUCUCCUGAUCUGCGGACUGAGGCGCGUCAAAGACCCGCUCUACCUGGUGGACGCGUUCUCGGAAUGGCAUCAGGAAGAGCCCAACGUUUACAUGGUGAUCGUAGGUCCGGAAGUUGACCCAGUGUUCACCAGGGAAGUGGAAGCCAAAGUGAAGAGGAGCCCUGGGGUUCGGCUGGUGGGAGAGAUGGCUCAGGAGGACCUGCACGCGGUUGUGAAGAACUCCUUCGCGGUGGUGAACAGCUCCGUGUCUGAGGGCAUGUCUGCCGCGAUUCUGGAGGCAAUGGAUCUGGAAGUCCCGGUGCUGGCGCGGAACAUCCCUGGGAACGCGGCCGUGGUGACGCAUGAGGUCACCGGACUGCUGUUCUCUGACCCGCAGAAGCCUGCCCGUGUGGUGCUCUGGGACCAGCAAGACCCGCGGGGUCUCAUCAGCGCUGGAUCUAACGAGGGGAGAUGCUCCGCAGAGUCCUGAUUUGCCGUCUUCCCUCCCCCGCUGGGAGCUACGAGGUCAGAACAGCUCACCCGGCUCUGUGGAGGAGAAAUGAUGUGUCCAUGGCUGGCGGAAGGACGGUGGAGUCCCCAGUCCCCCUGCAGCAGCGGCUGCAGGAACGUUCUGUUCCAAAGCUAUGAAAAAGGCAGAGUGCACCUCAUUAUCCCGCUUGCGGCCGGCCGGCCCCUGCUUUAACUGUAAACUGUCCUGACAUCUCCAACCGAGAUAAUUACGGUGCUUCAGGGAACUUUUGGCCUUGCUAAAAAUACCUGGCGACAGUUUGCGCGGCGGGGAGGCACUUACAGGUGAUCCAGGGGCGAUUCGGAGCCAGCACGUGCGAAUUCAUGGUGCGGGGGCCUCCUGGCUGCCUGUCUCCCUCCCUCUUUGAGGUGCCCUCAUUCCUUCUGUAUCACAGUCCUCUUCGACCUCACACCCCCGCUUCGGACACUAGCAGGUUUAGGUGAACUCAGUCCUACCCAACAGGGAGGGACUAGCAAGGAGAUAAACCCAUUUUUUUUUUUUUUUGAGCUUUAAACCACACUUUAAUUUUCAGUGAGCUGUAACCUAUUGGUUAAUUGAACCAAAAGUACAAUUUUAAAUGACUGACUAUGAAGCUUUUCAAGUCAAUUAUAGAAUGCAUAAAGUGGAGAUAAAUUUGGGCGAAGGUGCAAAGUAGUAAAUGUGCAAAAUGGAAAAUUGUGAGGGUUUUUUUAAAAAUGUUUUUUUGGGGGGUAGGGAGUUAGGUUUCUUUAUUUAACGGAGUUGCUGCGGAUGGAACCCAGGACCUCGUGGGCGCUAAGCACACACGCUGCCCUGAGCUAUGCCCUGCCCCAGUAACCGCUGUCGUAAUAGCGACAGGGGUGCUAAAUGCACGCGAAAAGUUCAGUUAACACCGUGCCAAAGAGGACAGCUUACGUAAACCGGGAUUCACCUGCUACAGCAGCAAAGUUAGGGCCGGACAAACCGAAGACAUGAACAGCCCUGGGCAUUCUCCUUUCAGCCUGCUUCCGAAAAAGCAGCCCGGCUUUCUUCCUGUCCAUGGUUUUGUGCUGUUUAGUUCAGUGACUGACAGAUGCUGCUGGGGGGGGGGGCACCAAAGCCCAGGGGCCUUUCCCCUGGGGGACACGGCCAAAUGGAAUUUCCCAGGGUCCCUUGCAGCUGAAUAAAGCAAACACCUGAGAUUUGAUCAGUGGAACGUGGGUGGGGGGUCACACGUGCCAAGUCUGCGCCAGAGAGACCCUCUGGAUGUGGGCUCCUGCCCAUCCACCGCCGAACGGGGGCGCUUGCAGCUGCGGAGAAGUAGCGCAGGGUGUCGCCUCCGUUCACAUCCUGUUGGCUAAAGCGGGUCCGUGGGUAUGUCUGCUGCCAGCGGGGCCGCGUGUCUGAUUCUCCCCCAGAGGCUGGUCCUUAGGGGAGGGGCGGGGGUGAUGUUCUAAACGACUGCACAGCCCACCGCAGCUCCACAGUCCCUCGUCCAGAUCCUCGGUGCUCGGCUGGGCUUCAAGAUUUAGAAAUGUCCUGGUUCCACACGCACACACGCACACACGUGCACACACACAGUCUGUCUUUAUAUCUAUCUGCCUACCUAUCUGUAUAUACAUAUAUACUACACACUCUGUCUAAUGUAUAAUACAGGUAUGCAAUA